AUGAGAAGCUUAAGAUUUAACUGUCUCGAAGUAGGUUUUAGACAAAAUCAUAAAUUUUGCAGCUUAGUUCAAAAUCGGGGCCUGCAUACGAUCACCUGCGGUCUGAGAAAUGGGCCUCGGAAGCCUUUGUGGAGGUCACGGAUACUCUCCACCGAGGCCAUUCAAGCUGUUCAAUCCCUGAAAUUGGCGCAGAGUUCGUCUUCAAAACUGGAUCGAGUUUUUAGCAGUAAGAUUAACAGGCUUUUGAAGGCCGACUUGUUGGAUGCGCUGACUGAGCUGCAGAGGCAAAAUGAAUUGGAUUUGGCCUUUAAGGUGUUUGACUAUAUACGUAAAGAGCCGUGGUAUGUGCCUGACCUAUCCCUGUUCAAUGACAUGUUAAUGAUGUUGGGGAAGAACAAAAUGAUCGAGAUGGUCGAAAAACUCUUCUUUGAAUUGAGGAAAGAAGGCCUUGAACCUGAUGCAAGGUCUUAUACCGAACUUAUUGGAGUGUAUUUCAAAGUUGAAAUGGUAGAGAAGGCAAUGGAAACGUACGAACUGAUGAAGGCUUCAGGUCACGUGCCGGAUAAGUUAACGUUAACAAUUCUGAUAAGAAAUCUAGACAAGGCCGGUGAGGAAGCUCUUUCGGAAAAAAUAAAGAAAGAAUGUGCCGACUAUUUCGAUAAGCCCGAUAGAUUUCUUGAAGAAGUUGAACGAAAAUUUCCCAAGCGCAAAUCUCUAAUUCACAUUUGA